AAGUUCUUUAGAAAUGACAUAUCACGUGUCACAAAUAUAAAUUGAUAUACUAAAAAGUCAUAAUAAGAUUAUAAUCAAUCAUAAACAGCUCGAUCAUGAAAAAGAAAGUUCUUAUAAACAACAUGAUGCUAUAAUAUAUUAUUAUCAUUAUAUAAGCUUGGAUUUCUAUGAUUUGAUUACUGAAAGUUUAAUUUAUAUCAAAAAGAAAUUGAAAUAACUAUAAAAUCAUUUAUAAUGGCAAAUUAAAAAAUAAUAAUCACUUAGCUAUAUUUGAUGUACGCGUAGAUAUAUUGAUUAAACGGCAGAUUAUAAUCGAUCUUUUAUAAAACUUUAGCAAGUUACAUCCGAUAUUUUAAUAAAUGUAAGCAAGCAGUCAAAGAGUUUAAAAGUAAGAUAAUAACUAAAGAAGCUAACCCCUCCAGUCAAAAACAAAUUUCCAUUGACCAGCAUAUUCAUUCGUAUUUCUAAAGCUAGUCGAGAAACAUCUCAUGUGAAUCUCUUUCAAGCUGACAGACCCGAAGGCUCAAACUUCUGACGCACGUGGUAUGUAUGAAUACAUAGUUUCAAAUUUGUAUACUUGAAUGAAAAUGUUUUGAUAGAGUGAUCGAAUCCAAUGAUAAUCCAUUAAAGUAACACAAUAAAAUAAAUUUAGCCAUAAGAAAAAUAAUAUGAAAAAAAUUUAGAUGUAAUUUAUUUUUUACAUUUGUUAUUACAGCGUCAAGGAUCAUAUUCAACAAGUAGGUACAGUCUCUGAUAAAAAGAUUGCAAUUGUAAUAGAAUUACAAACUUAAUUUCUUUAAUUGAUUGAAUAUUGAAUAAAUUGGUAAAAUUAUUAUCGUUCAUAAUUUUUUCAUAUUGAAUACGUUAUUGUUCCAAUAAUUUAUAUACAUGCACACAAACAUGCACGUACGCGUAUGUGUAUUAUAAAAGAAGAAUAUAUUAAGUUUUGGAUAGUAAAAUCUGUAUAUUAUAAAUUGAAGAAAAAACUUACUUUUAAAAAAUAAUUAUUUACUAAUAUAUUUUACAAUAUUGCAGCAAGUGGCAAGAUUAACUUGUAAAUAUUUUCUACAUAUACCAAUAUCAGUAUGUAUAGAAUCAGGGAUGUAAUGAUGAAAUCAGUUGCGAAAUACAGAUUAAGCAAAUAUAUUAAAAAAUGUAGUAAUAACAUUGAAAGAAGAAUUCUAUCUGUUUAUUAGGGGUCAAUAGUUUAUAUAGGGUCAUUAUUGAUAAUUCCUAAGAAAUCUCAAGGGUCUGCUAUGCUUUACAAUAUAAGAAAACUGUUUUCUUUUCAUUAUUGCAUAAUAUUAUAUAGUAUAUUACCUUAACUUCUUGAAGUUUCAAUCUUAAAUUGAUCUUUUAUUAUACUUAAAAAUGUAAGUUUCAAUUUAUGGGAUAGUAUGAUAAAGUAAUAUAUCUUAAGAGUAUUCUUUAUUUCAUAUUUUAUCUGAUAAAUUAAUGUCUUCCAGAUUAUGAUUAAAAUAUCUUGUAAUAUGCAAGCAGAUUCUUGCACUGAAAUAGUACCUCAAGAAAGUAAAAGAGAUAAAGUACUGUGCACUAAAAAACAAAUGAGAGGUCAAACAAUGACUGGCCUCACACAUGAAUGUGGAGUUUUUGGAUGCAUUGCUGCAGGUGACUGGCCAUCACAAAUUGACGUUGCUCAAGUGAUUUGUUUAGGUAAAUUUAUAAAUGCAUUUACUAUGAUAUAUUUCUUUAGAAAAUAUUAUAUAAUAAGUAUCAUUAAUAUUUAUUUAGGUUUAGUGGCAUUACAACAUAGAGGUCAAGAAAGUGCAGGCAUUGUUACAAGUGAAGGUGUAUGUUCAAAAUCUUUUCAUGUCCACAAGGGUAUGGGUAUGAUUAAUAACAUUUUCAAUGAUGAAAACAUGAAAAAACUCAGUGGAAAUCUUGGAAUUGGUCAUACUAGAUAUAGUACAAGCGCAGCUAGUGAAGAAGUUAAUUGUCAACCAUUUGUAGUUCAUACUGCACAUGGAGCAUUAGCAGUUGCACACAAUGGAGAGCUAGUGAAUACAGAAUCAUUAAGAAAAAUGGUAUUAGGACGUGGAGUUGGUUUAUCGACUCUCUCAGAUUCUGAAUUAAUAACACAAGCACUUUGUUUGAAUCCUCCUGAAGGUGAAGUUAAUGGCCCAGAUUGGCCAGCACGUAUAAAACACCUCAUGCAAUUAGCACCAUUAUCAUAUUCAUUAGUAAUUAUGCAAAGAGAUAAGAUAUAUGGUGUUAGAGAUCCAUAUGGAAAUCGUCCAUUAUGUCUUGGAAAAAUUGUACCAAUUGGUAAUUUAGGGGAUGAAUCAGAUGAUGAUGAUGAAGCUGAAGGUUGGGUUAUUUCGUCCGAAUCAUGUGGCUUUUUAAGUAUUGGAGCACGAUACGUACGUGAAGUAUUUCCUGGAGAAAUUGUAGAAUUAACGCGCGAAGGUAUUAAAACUAUAGACAUUGUUGAUAGACCACACAAAAAGCCUCAGGCAUUUUGCAUCUUUGAAUACGUUUAUUUCGCACGUAGCGACAGUAUUUUUGAAGGACAAAUGGUUUAUUCUGUUCGCAUGCAAUGUGGACGAGAACUUGCUUUAGAAUCUCCGGUAGAAGCAGAUAUAGUUAGUUCAGUACCCGAAUCUGGAACUGCAGCAGCACAUGGUUAUGCCAGAGAGUCUCAAAUAUCUUUUGCGGAAGUGUUGUGCAAGAAUAGAUACGUUGGUCGAACGUUUAUUCAGCCCAGUACACGACUUAGACAACUUGGCGUGGCAAAAAAAUUUGGAGCUUUAUCAGAAAAUGUAAAAGGAAAAAAAUUAAUUCUUAUAGAUGAUUCGAUUGUUAGAGGAAAUACUAUUGGACCUAUUAUUAAGUUACUUCGCGAUGCAGGAGCGAAAGAAGUUCAUAUUAGAAUUGCUUCCCCUCCAUUAAAAUACCCUUGUUAUAUGGGAAUUAACAUACCAACAAGAGAAGAAUUAAUUGCUAAUAAAUUGGAUAAUGUGAAAUUAGCAAAACAUGUUGGAGCUGAUAGUUUAACAUACCUUUCAGUGGACGGACUUGUAAAAGCCGUAAGAUUUGGUAUGGAUAACCGUGAAAGUAGUUAUAUUGGUCAUUGUACUGCCUGUUUGACAGGAGACUAUCCUGAUGAACUUCCUAGUGAUUUGGAAUGGUAAAAAAAUAAAUUGUAUUUAUGUAUUUAUGAAUAGUGAAUUAUACAUAUCUAAAUCAGAAAUACGAGUCUUCAGCAUUGAAAAAUUUGAUUUCUUUAUAUAUAUUAAUUGAUUGACUAAUAUAAUACAAUGUAAUGUUAAAAAGUAAUUCAGUAUUUGAAAAUUAAUUUAAAUAAAGUACACUCUAUUUGGUAUAUAAUAAUAGAAACUGAUAAUAUUUUGUUGAAACAUAUUGUUUAGAAAUAUCUUCUUACUUUGUUAUGUUUUGAUAAAUAAGUAUAGUAUAGAAGUACCACUAUAUUAAUUUUAGAUUAAGUUAGAAAAGUAGAAUUAAGCAAUAUAGAUUAAGAAAUAAAUAAAUGUUAUUCAUUUGAAUGAAUAUCAGUGAUAUUAACUA